AUGUGCCCAAUUUGCUUAGACAUGCUGAAGAACACAAUGACAACCAAAGAGGUGGGUGUGCAAGUUUGUUCAAGUUUAUGUUACAUGCACUCUUAAAUUAAAGUAGAUCACUUUUCUGUUAUGUUUUUUUCCACUGGGACUACACAUGUACAUACAUAACAUGUUCAUUGUAUAUGUUUUUUUGAAUGUCAUAGUGUCUACACAGAUUCUGUCAGGAGUGCAUAAUAACAGCAUUGAGGAGUGGGUACGUGUAUGAAGUCAUGUUCCUAGACUAAGACAGUGUAGCUUCCUUCUUCCCUUCACAACCUGUCUGUCAUCCCCUGUACAUGUACAUAUGCAAAUAUGUACAUAACCUUUUCCUAGUUUUAGCUCAAAGUUGCAUGCAAUAUAUAUAUAUAGAAGAUGUAACAAUGCAGCAUAAUACCAACAGCAGAUUUUUAAAAUACUGGUUUCUUAAGAGAUAAUUGAACCUCCUCAUGUAACCACAACACAACAAAAUUGUCCCAGUUAAAACUGUAUAGUUAAAACCUCUCAUAAACUGGUAACCAUCUCUUGAAAGCAACCAUGAUCACUUAUUGGGGCAACACUUUUAUAGUAAUUUCCCUGUUUUUAUUCCCAUGUAAGCAACCACUUGACACGUGUAUGCACUUCACCUACUCAGGGUAUGCAGAGACCUUUUAGUGACAACAGUCAUGUAAAUACAAUGCAUGUUUAAUAAUGAACUAAAAGCACACAUCAGUAUAUUGAGUACAGGGUAAAUAAAUCAUGUUCAUGUUACAGGUAGAGGGGGGAAUUUCAUGUAUCCCAUGAUGCGUCUCGUCAUACUAUAUUAGAAGCUAGCGAGGAAGGUCUUUGCUUCAGUAUGUCCUGUUUUAACAUGCGUUGAUAAAGGUCUCCGUGGAUUAACAAGCAAUUUCCAUGUACUUGUCUUGAAAUAAAUACAUAUUCUAGGUGUGAGAUUUCUCUUCAUUGCUUCUUGGUGAUCGAGGUGCUCAUAUUGUCAGUUCAAUAAUUCAUCAAUGCAGUACAUCAACUGUACGGUGACCGCACGUGCUUUUACUUCAACAACCUUGGCUUAUGGAGUCGAAAAUACAAGACCGUUAAAAUGCAAAGUGACGUCUAUCGGAGAUAAAAUUCAAAGGAGGGGAACAGCUCCAACAAACAAUAAAAAUAACAAAGACAUCUCUAUAUUUUUUGCAACAGAACACCAGCUAAGCAUCAUUGUCAAACAUAAACAGAAAAAAGCUUUAUUAAGAAAUGGCAAAAUACAUAUACCAAAACACCCACUUCUUCACUACAAUGGAUCUUAAAAGAAUUAUCAAAAUGUCUUAAAAGGUUUUAUACGCCGGUUGAGGUCCUAUGGCGUACUGUUCCAUGACAUUUGCUGGGCCGCAUAAUUUAUUACAAGUUCACCAUGCGUGGUUGCGACCGGAAGCCACUAUGAGAAAUCAAUUUUAUCUAAAAUAAUGAGACAAAAAAGCUUUAAUAACUAUAAACCAUUGAAUUUAAACAUUCAUCGCACCCUCAAGAGAUAAUAUUUGUGUUUUGAUCAGCGAAAAAAGAGCGAAUUCAAGAAAAAAUGCCCCAUCUUCCCAGGACUUAGCAUAAAGAAAUUGAAACCUUUGUCUUGUAUCUUAGCGGAGAAAGGGCAGAAAAUGCGAUAUUUCAAAAAGAUCAAACCCAUAAAAAUCGCGAGGUCGAAAGAGGUUGGAGCGUGGAACUAGUAUCAAGCACCCCUUGUCCACCAAUUUAAAUAAUUUAUUAGGGCAAAACCUCGCUAUAAUAAAGACAGUUUUCAAUGAUUGAAAGUCAUCUAAAUAAAUAUUCACUUGCGAGUUAAAACAGCAUGGCUUAACAGGGUCAUAAACAAGAGCAAUAAUGCAUGAAAUGACCAUGGGACCAUUUUACAUUAUUAAUCAGAUACCAAAGAUUAACAGGGCUAAUUGAAACUUACCUUGGAUGAAUGCAUCUUGAAAUUCAGGUCGUUGAAAAUCUCCCUCGAAACCCUCGAAAACUCUUUCCACCACGGAGAGAAGACAGAAAUUUGCCUCGAAGCAUCAUGGGACAUAUGAAAUUCCCCCCUUUGUUACAGGUCAAAUUUGAUUUCAGGUUAAAUUAUUUUAACCUAGGUUGAUUCUCAAUUUCCUUGGUCUCUUAGAGCUAGGAGACAAAGGAAUUGAGAAUCGACCUACAAUAGGUUAAAUCAAAUGUACCCUGAAAUCAAAUUUGACCUGUAACGUACAUUAAUAUACUAAAUUGAACAUGGCAGGGCUGUCAAAAAGUUUUUAAGUAGCAGACUGAUGAUGAAUAGUAGGUGGUUUUGAAACUUGUACCAAAGGCACAAGUUCUUGAGGGCCGAGGCAUCUAGGAACAUUUUUAAAUUUUAGAGUCUCAGAAAUGGCGUUUCCAGGGGUAUUUUAAUUCCACCACGGACCCCAUGUUGUUUCAUCAGACCGGGAACAGUCCCGUACAAAUGUCCCAGGCGUUCCAAGACAUCGCACUGGUUUGAAUUCACAGAUUUAAAAAAAGGAAUAUGCAUUCAAUGCUAUUCAAAAGUGGGAAGUGAAUACUUUACAAUUUUAUUCAGUGGUGCUUAUUUUUUGUUAGCAGCUAUGGUAGAAGAAGAUGAAAGUAGCCAGCUAAGGAUGGCUAACUAGCCAGUGGUUUUGGCCGGCUACCAGCCCUUAUUGACAGCCCUGCAUGGACACACAGCCUAAAUUAACAGAAAGGACUAAAACAUUAUUAAAGUAACAAACGGAUAGGCAUAUGGCAGCACAGCACUCAACAUUGAUUACUAGUCUUAUCUCCUGCAGUGAAUUGCUGUGUUUCUCGAGAAUAAAACCAUGUUGUUGAAGAAUUUAUUAAAGGACAUAAGAAGUAGAGUGGACUUCAAACAUUUUUAAGGCUUUGUUGAUUUAUUGAUGAGAUCUAUAAUUACAUUUUUGUAACUUGCAUUCGCAGAAACAAGGAAUGUCCAACAUGUAGGAAAAAGCUGAUUUCAAAGCGGUCCUUACGUCCUGAUCCCAAUUUUGAUGCCCUCAUAGCGAAAGUAAGAUAUUUCAAUUUAACUUUUUUAAGAAUAUUUUGUGAACUGCACAAUUGCUAGUACCUGUUGCUGUGUUGUUUAAAUUAUUGUCAAGCCACUGAUUCUCCAUUUUAAAGGUGUAAUGAGUUACUUUUAAACAAUGCACACACUGUCAAAAGUUGGAUUAUUAGUUAAGUGAUUUGUGUACAAAAUUGUAUGCUUUCCGAUCACUCCAUCAAUUUCUUUUUCCUUUUUCCUUAGAUGUAAAGUAAUUAAAAUAAAACUAUCAUGAUAGAAAUAAGAAUUAUUGUAACUUAAAAUAUUUUCCUUCCUUUCCUUUCACUUUAUUUUUCUUUUAACUGGGCCGCCUAGAUUAGCAAAAGCAGAUUUGUGGGCCAGUCCAUUGUAAUUACUAUUUUUACUAAAUGAAGUUGAAGUUGAAGUUGUAAUUUGAUGUUAUUUAAAGAUUACAUACACUGUACCUGUUUUAUGUACAUGGUGUAAAGGUUUCUUACUCCCGUAACUUGAUUAUCUGCAUUUGCAAUAUUUUUUUAGAUUUACCCGGACAGAGACGAAUAUGAAGCACAUCAGGUUAGGAAACUCUAGAAAAUCUAAAUACAUGUAGAUACUAACAACAGAAAAAUAGUUUAAAAAGAAAAAGAAAGAUAAAUAACUGAUCCAAAGUAAGCAAUUUACUACCUUCUCACAUAAAAUGUGAAUUGCCUUGUGGGCUAUGCAAUUUUAGUUAAUGCACAAUGCAAUUCAUACAUGUAGUGCAGGACACAAUUCUCAUUGCCAGUGACAACACUGUAAGUAUCAUGGAUAAAAUUCUUGCAUGAUUUCAGUAAAAUCCACUGUAAAGCUUAGCAAAUGCGAACAAUUUUAACCACUGCAAUCUGUAGACUGUUGAGUAUCAUUAAUUUGUAUUGUAAAGAAUCAAUAUGGGGGUGUUAAUGCAUAACACUGAAAACUACCCUCUUGAAAAAACAUUACGGGAAAAUAGGAACAUAUCUAAUGGGUAGUUCUUCAAGGAAUUCCACUAGCUACCUUUAGCAUGAUCCCCAACUAUUUUUGCUGGAAACAAAUUAGCGAAAGUUAGAGCAUGUAAAAAUCUUCAUGGAUGUUCAGUUCUGCACCUACCGGUACUUAUAAUAUUGCAAAACUCCAGCAAGUUGAAAUCUUAAUGACAGCCCCAGGGAAGAUCCUACUCUAAGUGAUUUUUUUAAUUUCCUGAACAACACAGCAACUUUCACCAUUACCUGUCAUCAGUUAUGUUCAUGCUCAUUUGUACAUUGUACAAAUUAAGUUGAGGAAUACCAGAUUUCAGUUUUGUAAUCAAGGCUGUGCUCUAAGGAAAAUUGAAGGGAGCCCAGUGCUCUGAAACUGUAAAAUCUAGGGUGCCCAGCAUAUGAUUUGUAUGAAAAAUCUGAGAUUUUCUAGUUGCCUAAGGGCAAAAGUUAGGUUCCAGGGGCCACCGGGCUCUGCUAGAGCAUAGCCCUGGUAAUGUUUGAGCAUUUUUAUAACUAAAGUUAUUUGUAGUACCUACAUGUACAAAAGUUCUUGAAACUAAAAAUGUCUUAAAACUGAAUUGGAACUCUUGACUUCAUGUGAAUGCUAAUUUUACUCACCUGUUUACAGGAAAAGGUUUUACAGAGGUUAAACAAGCAUCACAAUCAACAGGCAUUAACAAGUAGCAUUGAAGAAGGGCUUAAACUUCAGGCAAUUAACAGAGCUCAGAGGGUGGUAAGUUAUGUUAACUUUGUAAAUUAUAACUCAUACACUGUACAAGUAGCUGCAGUACACUUACACUGUAAGUUAAGAGUCUAGUGUAUUACUUUUCUUUCUCAGGGUACACGACUGAAAUCCCGAACCUCCUGGGGCAGAAAAAAAAUCCGUUUUUCAUAGCAUUUGAAUUGGUGAUAAAAUGAUUGUGUGCACUCCUAACUGCUCUCACAACUUUGGUCAGAGCAAAAGUUUAUUCUCUAAUCAUGUCAACUGUCGAACUAAUACAGACCAUGGAUUUUUUUGGACCUCUUCACUCUACAUGCACAUAACAGCAAUAAACUGCUUAAAAGCUUUUUGCUGAUUUUGCAGAGAUGCAUCUUAUGUUCCCUUCAGCUGAGUUGUCUUAAUACCUUCCUUGUUGCUAAUUAUUUUAUUUCAGAGGAAGAGGUCAUCAGAUGACCCAGGGAAUGAUGCAGGUACAGGUAUGGUAAAUUUUUACAUCCUGGUAAAAAUUGGUUAACACAACUGAUAGAACUGUGAAACAAAACCUGCCCAGCAAUUAGAGUUUAAGGUGGCUCAACACAGUUUGAUAGGUUGUGGAUGGUUUCCUUUCAUGGGGUUGGUGUUGUUUAAGACUUGUUGCAGGAAUAAAGCUCAAAUUUGGGACAGACAAUAAUAUUAUUAUUUAUAAGACACUGAAUUUAUCGGGUUAAAAUUUAAUGUAAGAUUUGAUGGUUGUCAUUACAAUGUAGUUAAUUGAAAACAAGCACAAAAUUUUGAAUAAAUCAGCUUGACCCAAAUCCAGGACUUUCAUUAUAUUUUCCUAAUGAAUUUGCACACUAGAGAAAUCGUGUGCAACAACCUUUAUAUUGUAUUUUACUUCUUUUUUUUGUUUGAGAAGCCUAAAAAUGUGUGAACCACAUAGUUAUUGUUUCUGAGACAUAACAAUGGAUACAAAAUUUGACAAGGAUAUUGUUUUGGUUAGAAAAGGGUAUUUGGUUGUUUUAUCUUCUCAUUUAAAGUGGUUAUAGAGUUGCUGUAGUUUUUGUACAGAUGUAGAAAUAAUACAUCACAGCUGUGGUAUACAUAAUUGAGUGUAAAGAGUUUGUUGGAAGUAUCAGCUUUGCUAUUUACAGUGUUUCUGUCAUGUUUUUCCCUGGUUUUAAUUUAUGUUCAUUGUAUGUCAUGUUCACUUUUGUUACGCAAAAAACUGUUUUUCCUAUUUAGCAGGAACAGGGGGACCAGGAACACCAGGUUCAACAGGGCAGCCAUCUGUAGGAGAGGGAGGCAGCAAUACUGUGCGAAAAAGACAGAAAACGUCCUCUGAUCCUGAGUCUGAUGCCAGUGAAAGUGAGUUUUUGAACAACAUUAACCAGAAGGUUAUAGAUUCAACUCCUUUUGGGAGUACAGUUGAAGCUCUGCUUGCAAACACUCUCAAGAGAGAGUUUAACAGAAUUAUUCAAAAUAGCCACCCAGCUAUUGUAGUUGAAUUUGAAGAAUGCUGGUACACAGAACAUAAAUUAUCAAGGGUUAAUUUUCAGAUAGCUAAGGUGAAAAUUAUUUUGGCUAUUUGAUAUGGCAACCAAAACAUCCAGAGCAUUGAACUCUGAACAAUACUGAAAGUUUCCUUCCAUUGUUGCAGUAAAAAUAUGCAGUUUUAAAGGUGUUCUUUACCAUUAUUUUAACAGACACUUUGGACUCCACUGGAGAAGCAGCAGCAGAAACAUCAGAGCCUCAAAAUGUGAGUACAGAAAGGGCUGCUGCACAUGCUGCACAUGGCAAGCUGUAGCUAUACUGAGUAGUAAUGUUGAUGCUUACCAAUGCCUAUUAAGUUUUGUCAAACUAAAUUUGACCAGAUACAUGAUGGGAAAUGCAUGACUGUUACUUAUCUAGCAAUGUUUUGUUUAUGUUUUUGAUUAUCUUAACCAUUAAAUACAUUACUUUUAUCACUGAAAAAUAGUGAAACUUAGAGUUAGAGAAGUGUCAAAUUAUCAUGGGUGAGCAAUCAAAUUGUUAAAACUAGACGUUCCAAGUGACAGUCAAUUUCUGACUGAUUGACUUGAUGAAUGACUAACUCACAGCCUGACUGAUUGAUUGAAUGACUCAUUGCUUGUCUACUGACAUUCUGACUGAAUGGCUGGCUGACUAACUGACAAGCAAGUCGACUCUUGCCUAUGUAAUGGCUGACUAGCUGGCCGGCUAGCUGGCUGAUUGGCUGAAUGACUGGCUGAGUGUCAUUUGUUGCUGUAGUUUGACCAUAUAGAAAAAAGACAAAGACUGUCUUCUUUUAAUGGUAGAGUUACGUUGUGUCAUUGUUGACAUGAUCUUGAUUCCCAAAAAAAAAGAAGAAAAAAAUGCACUUUAUUUGAGUGUCAAUGUAUGUAGCACGAAAGUACUAUUUUACUGGGGGCACUAUAUUUUACGUCUCCAACUGGAGACGGGACUGCCAUUUUACAUGGUCAUCUGAGCCACACGAAAGUCUAGCCUGUUGCAGUGCAAAGAGAGUACCUUCAUUUCUCAGUUAUUUUAUGACCCUGAGUAUUGGUCCGGCCCCAGGAAUCGAACCCACGACCUCCAGCUCAGCAGUCAACACGCUCUACCGACUGAGCUAACACUGCCGCGGUUCUUAUGUGUUCUUAUCAAGCUCUGUUAUGAUCAGUGCAUUAAUCACUUCUUUUAUCAACAGGAAAUCGAACUUGUGUUUAAACCACACCCUAAAGAUCACGAUCCAGAAACGGUGGCUCAACAAACUCGUUACAUCAAGACAACAGCAAAUGCUUCAGGUGUACUAGCAGUAUACUUCACACUAAAAUGCUUUUAACAGUCUUGGAAAAUGAUACAGUACUAUAGGUUCAGUUUACUAGCUUUAUUUUUACCUUUACUUUAUUUAUUUAUAUAUUGAUUUAUCUUACUUUAUUUUUUUUGUAGUUGAUCAUCUGGCCAAAUACUUGGCCAUGAGACUAGCACUAGAGUCUCAAGAAGAUACAGGUCAGUGAAAUCUGUGGAACUAAUUUAUUUGCAUGUUCAGAUGCACAUGUCUCUUAAAACCAGGAAUAGCCCUUUGUGUUGUUGAAUAAUGAAUUGUGCUAUUUCCUGAAAACUGUCUGUCUAAACAGCUCAAGAAAAAAGAUAAGGAAUGCAGUGAAAAUAAAGUCAAAGAAGAAGCAGUUUCUUGUCGAUUUAAAUUUUCAGUUAUCAAGUAUGAGUUUGUGUGUGUUGAUAUUCAGAUGUUUAGGUCGAUAGUAAUGGCAUUUUUUCAAGUUCUCGGAGGAGUACCCCUGCUGAUUCGUUUUUCUCUUGGAUUCUAGGUUUGCCAUGUUGGUUGACAAAAAAAUAAGGUUUUCUUUUCCUUUUUGGCAGAAGAUGCAUGAAAAAAAAUCAGUUCCCGGUGUGGGGAAACGCCUCUUUUGUUCUUGUCAACCAACAUGGCCGCCAUAAAGUCAGCUGCAAAUCAGCAAUUUUAUAUUCCAUUGAUAGUUUUGAAGCUUUUUUUUUCAAAAUUUCUAGGCGCCAGUUCAUCAGAGGAUGGAGUGGAAGUGCCACAGUUUACAAUAUACAUUGCUAGCACACCCGGGCAGUACACGGUAAGUAUUAAAGGGACAGGUUCACGGUUAAGCGCAUGUUUAUUAAUUAAAUUACUUUCUUCCAAUUUAUUAUAUAUUCCAUCGGUUAAUAAUCCCAAUAACAUGUAUCUCAGCGAUCCCAGAGUGUAUUUCAAAGUAGAAGUGUAUUUCAGAGUAACCUGAAGUAGGAUGGAGGAGUACUAAAAUUGCAGAAAAAAAUUAGUGGAUUAUGCCAACACCACCAACGUUGAAUUUAUUGUUGACCCAAAGGUUUUAUUCCAUGGUUCAUUAAUUUACAGCUAUUUGCAAAUAUUUAAGUUGAUAAAGUGCAAGUGACCGCCAGGGGAGUGUGCAGAUUGGUUCUUUGACAACAUUAUUACAUGAUCAUAUUGCUUGCAUAGACGAUACAGCAUGUCCCGGCAGAAAAACAGCAUUUUGAUAAAUGAGCGUGCGCUGAACCGUGAACCUGUCCCUUUAAAGGUAUUCAAAUCAGAAUGCAUUGUUUAUAGUAGAAAUACACUUGGCAUUCCACUUAACGAAUUGAACUCAGAAGUGUCUAAAAACGACUCCAAACUCUUAUCCAUGCCAUUUGGGUUUUACUUGCCAGGGGUCUACCACGUGCUUGUCUUAAGGCUCGUUUUUGGUAAAACCAGGUUUAAAAAUUGCCAGUAGGUGGAAAGGAAGUUUAAGGACUGGAUUUUUCCAAGGGUUCAAGUAAAUUUGGACUUACUCGGGUUCCAUUUGCGCCAAAUUUGUUUUUGAAAAAAUUGUUUGGGCAGCGUCUAUGCAAGAAAUAAAUGUAAACCUUGUUUUCAUGGUUAAACAAGGACAUGUUUAAGCUUUGGUGUGUAUGUGGUGUUAGUUAAUGUCUUAGUUGGUAGAUGGCUUGUAUGGACGCUUAGACUUUGGGCAAGUGGGCUUUAAAUGUUACUUGUCCAGCAAGAAAAGACUACCAGACCGGACUUUUUUCUCGCCUUAUUUGACAGUCGCCUUAUUUUAAACUCUCACCGUCAUAAAUUGAAUCCCGUAACCAAUAUUUUUGUAUUUUUCUUUCAGCCACUUCCUGGUUCAAUGACGCUGGAUUACGUCAACGAGAAGGUAAUAACCUAUUAGUAGAGGUGAAUUUUUCCACAAAUUGUACAGAACUCUUCAUGCAUAUCUAACACACUACAACACCUUUUUUUUUUCUUUCAGUACUGGAAAGUAAACAAGCCAUUGGAGAUGUAUUAUGCGCUCAGUAAACCACAGCAGAAUUCUUGACAACUGUCCCAUUUUCCAACUCUGUAUAAAUCUCUAAACACCAAAACGAUUUGUGAGCAAGAAAAGGCGCUCUUAUUUAAACAGUAAAAAGCGAAAAGAAACCUUGGCAAUCAUCGCUGUCCAUAUAGUCCGUGUCUUUUUGUAGGAGUAACACGGACUGCAAGAAUAAUGGAAAGUCUCGGAGCUCGAUGUAAGGGGGAUAUAAGUAAUGAUUUUAACUAAUAAAUGUGUUUAAAGCCUAUCUAUUUUGACCUCAGGUCUAAAGGUCGUGUAAAAAGGUAUGAAUCGUACGGCAGUUUUUCAUGUUUCGACAAACAGCAAAAACAAUUUAUUGAAGAACAAACAAACCUUGGCCUUCGCGCUUGUCUUUUUUCCCCAAGAUGUUAAUUUAAAGAUGAAAGCGAUCCCUAUAUUAUUAUUUUUAUUUUUGUGAUAUGUAUCAUUUUUUCGUUCCAUGUAAGGGAAUCCAAGACAGUCUUGGAUUCUGGAUUCCACGCCAUAGAUUCCAGAUUCCAGAUUCCAGGUCCUAGAUUUCGGAUUCUAUGUCAGUGGAACUUGGAUUCAGGAUUCCAAUCGUUAGUGAAAUUUCGGAUUCCUUCAGCUGUAUUCCGGAUUCCUAAGCCCAGGUUUUCGGCUUCCACAAGAAAAAUAUCCCGGAUUCCGGAUUCCGGAUUCCGAAUUCCCUUACAUGGGGUGAAUUCUUGGAGCGUUAAACGUUCAUUCACGUGACUGUACUGUGAAACAACAAAUCUAUGUCAGUCCCACACAUAAAAGCGCGUAGACCGCUUGUUCCCCUUUUUAAUGAGCUCCCAGCAUUUCUCAUUCUUAUUAGGAAGUCGUCUCUUCCAUGACAUGCUUUUGAAACAGCUUUGAUGUUAAUUUGUUACGUGUUAAACUGUACCUUUCCACUGCAAGCUUUGACUGAAGUUGUAAAUUACUUGCUAUCAAUAAGUGUAUUCAUUCUGGCUUUGAUUGUUUCUUGUAAUGAGGAUAUAGUAAUAGCUCUGAUGACAAUAAAGCCGUUUACAUUGUC